GCGUCCGCCGCGUCCCGGGCGGGCAUGGGGCGGCCAGGCUGAGCGCCGCACCCCGCCGCCGAGACCAGCCAGCCCAAGCCACCAUCCCUCUGGCUGCGGCCCCGGCGCGCACGGGCGAUGGGGAAGGCGACGGCCGGCGCCGCGGGGCUGCGGUUGCUGCUGUUGCUGCCGCUACUCGGCGAAGCCCCCCUGGGACUCUACUUCUCAAGGGAUGCUUACUGGGAGAAGCUGUACGUGGACCAGCCGGCCGGCACGCCCCUGCUCUACGUCCACGCGCUGCGUGACGUCCCAGAGGAGGUGCCCAGUUUCCACCUGGGCCAGCACCUCUACGGCACCUACCGCACACGACUGCAUGAGAAUGACUGGAUCCGCAUCCAAGAGGACACGGGUCUCCUCUACCUUAACCGGAGCCUGGACCACGGCUCCUGGGAGAAGCUCAGCGUCCGCAACGGUGGCUUCCCCCUGCUCACAGUCUACCUCCAGGUCUUCCUGUCACCCGCGUCCCAGCGGGAGGGCGAGUGCCAGUGGCCGGGCUGUGCCCGUGUGUACUUCUCCUUCAUCAACACCUCCUUCCCAGCCUGUGGCUCCCUCAAACCCCGGGAGCUCUGCUUCCCUGAGACAGGCCUCUCCUUCCGCAUUCGGGAGAACAGGCCUCCUGGCACCUUCCACCAGUUCCGCCUGCUGCCCAUGCAGUUCCUCUGCCCCAACGUCAGCGUGGCCUACAGGCUGCUGGGAGGUGAGAGUCUGCCCUUCCGCUGCGCCCCGGACAGCCUGGAAGUGAGCACGCGCUGGGCCCUGGACCGCGAGCGGCGGGAGAAGUACGAGCUGGUGGCCGAAUGCACGGUGCGCAUCGGCGCGCGUGAGGAGGAGGUGAUGGUGCCCUUCCCCGUGACCGUGUACGACGAGGACGACUCGGCGCCCACCUUCCUUGAGGGCAUCGACACCGCUAGCGCCGUGGUGGAGUUCAAGCGAAAGGAGGGCACUGUGGUGGCCACGCUACGUGUCUUCGAUGCGGAUGUGGUGCCAGCAUCCGCGGAGCUCCUGAGGCGGUACACAAGCAUGCUGCUUCCUGGAGACGCCUGGGCCCUCCAGACCUUCCGUGUAGAGCACUCACCCAAUGAGACCCUGGUCCAGGCCAACGGCAGCUUUGUGCGGGCUACCGUGCAUGACUACAGGCUGGUUCUCAACAGGAGCCUCCCCAUCUCGGAGAGCCGCGAGCUGCAGCUGGCCGUGCUGGUCAACGACUCGGACUUCCAGGGCCCGGGGGAGGGCGUCCUCCUCCUCCACUUCAAUGUGUCUGUGCUUCCCGUCAGCCUGCACUUGCCCAGCGCUUACUCCUUCACCGUGAGCAGGCGGGCCCGCCGCUUUGCCCAGAUUGGGAAAGUCUGUGUGGAGAACUGCCAGGAGUUCAGCGGCAUCCACGUGCAGUAUAAGCUGCAGCUCUCCAGCGCCAACUGCAGUGCCCUGGGGGUGGUCACCUCGGCCGAGGACACCUCGGGGACCCUGUUCGUGAAUGACACGGAGGCCCUACGGCGGCCCGAGUGUACCCAGCUCCAGUACACAGUGGUCGCCGCUGACCGGCCGACCCGCAGGCAGGCCCAGGCCCCACUGCUUGUCACCGUGGAGGGGACGUACAUGGCUGAGGAGCCAGGCUGUCCCCUGUCCUGCGCAGUCAGCAAGAGGCGACCGGAGUGUGAGGAGUGUGGUGGCCUGGGCGCUCUGAUGGGCAGGUGCGAGUGGAGACAGGGAGACGGCAAAGGGAUCACCAGGAACUUCUCCACCUGCUCCCCCAGCAUCAGGACCUGCCCUGACGGCCACUGUGACGCUGUGGAGAGCAGAGAUGCCAACAUCUGCCCCCAGGACUGCCUCCGGGGCGGCAGCAUCAUUGGUGGGCACGAGCCAGGGGAGCGCCGGGGGAUUAAAGCCGGCUUUGGCAUCUGCAACUGCUUCCCCGAGGAGAAGAAGUGUUUCUGCGAGCCCGAAGACAGCCAGGCCCUGCUGUGUGACGAGCUGUGCCGCACGGUGAUCGCGGCUGCCGUGCUCUUCUCCUUCAUCGUCUCCGUGCUGCUCUCCACCUUCUGCAUCCACCGCUACCACAAGAACGCCCACAAGCCGCCCAUUGCCUCUGCCGAGAUGACCUUCCGCCGACCCGCCCAGGCCUUCCCGGUCAGCUACUCCUCGUCUGGUGCCCGCCGGCCCUCGCUGGACUCCAUGGAGAACCAAGUUUCUGUGGACGCCUUCAAGAUCCCGGAGGAUCCAAAGUGGGAAUUUCCUCGGAAGAACUUGGUUCUUGGAAAAACUCUUGGAGAAGGUGAAUUUGGAAAAGUGGUUGAGGCAACGGCCUUCCGGCUGAAAGGCAAAGCUGGGUACACGACCGUGGCUGUGAAGAUGCUGAAAGAGAAUGCCUCCCCAAGCGAGCUGCGGGACCUGCUGUCCGAGUUCAACCUCCUGAAGCAGGUCAACCACCCGCAGGUCAUCAAGCUGUACGGGGCCUGCAGCCAGGAUGGGCCGCUGCUCCUCAUCGUGGAGUACGCCAAGUACGGCUCCCUGCGGGGCUUCCUCCGGGAGAGCCGCAAGGCAGGGCCCGGCUACGUGGGCAGUGGAGGCAGCCGCAACUCCAGCUACCUGGACAACCCCGAGGAGCGGGCCCUGACCAUGGGCGACCUCAUUUCCUUCGCGUGGCAGAUCUCUCGAGGGAUGCAGUACCUGGCCGAGAUGAAACUUGUCCAUCGGGACUUGGCAGCCAGAAAUGUCCUAGUAGCUGAGGGGCGGAAGAUGAAGAUUUCAGAUUUUGGCCUGUCCCGAGAUGUUUAUGAGGAGGAUUCCUAUGUGAAGAGGAGCAAGGGUCGGAUUCCAGUCAAAUGGAUGGCAAUUGAGUCCCUUUUCGAUCAUAUCUACACCACCCAAAGUGAUGUGUGGUCCUUUGGUGUCUUGCUGUGGGAGAUUGUGACCCUGGGGGGCAACCCUUACCCUGGGAUCCCUCCGGAGCGGCUCUUCAACCUCCUGAAGACAGGCUACCGGAUGGAGAGGCCGGACAACUGCAGCGAGGAGAUGUACGGUCUGAUGCUGCAGUGCUGGAAGCAGGAGCCGGACAAGAGGCCGGUGUUUGCCGACAUCAGUAAAGACCUGGAGAAGAUGAUGGUUAAGAGCAGAGACUACUUGGAUCUGGCCGCAUCCACCCCAUCUGACUCCUUGCUCUACGACGACGGCCUCUCGGAGGAGGAGACGCCCCUGGUGGACUGUAAUAAUGCUCCCCUCCCUCGCACCCUCCCCUCCACGUGGAUUGAAAACAAACUCUAUGGCAUGUCAGACCCGAACUGGCCUGAAGAGAGUCCUGUACCACCCACGAGAGCCGAUGGCACUAACACUGGGUGUCCGAGAUAUGCAAAUGAUAGUGUAUAUGCUAACUGGAUGAUUUCACCCUCAGCGGCACAGUUAAUGGACGCGUUUGAUAGUUAACAUUUCUUUGUGAAAGGUAAUGGACUCACAAGGGGAAAACAUGCCAAGAACAGAAAGUCUGCCGGCCCCUAGCAGACGUAGCGCCCUGGACGAGAGUUCUGAGUCCAGCGAUCAGGGACUCCUUUCUCUUCAGCCCUCGGCAGUGCCCAGUGUUGGUCUGUGUUCAUCAGUGACCACCAUACACUGUGUGCUCACACAUGUGGGUCCCUGACUCACUACCUGAACUGUUUAAUUUUUCUGGUUGCCAGCAAUCAAGGCAACAAGAUUUAAACAUGAAGCACACACACACAAGGCAGCAGGAAAAAAACUGGCCAAAGCGACAGAAUGACAGCCCAGCAAGGCCUCAUAGUGGUGUCAGAGCCCUGCCGGGGCUGGAGGGGAAGAGGGGACUGCACGACAGGCCUUGGCUCAGCAUUUGAGAUCCUAGGAACGGUUUUUUAAAAUCACAUAACCUUUUCUUAGGAAGACAUUUGAUUUCUAUCAUGAUUAAGAUAAUUCUUCGAUUUAGCACAAUGGAGAGAUCGGAUGCCAUAUUUGCUAGUAGAUCGGCGGUGUGAGGGGAGAGGGCCCCAAGUCACAUUUGUCCCCUUCACUGAGUGAACAGGUGAGAACAGCGCAAAGAAAAGGGGCGUUUGAGUGGAGUGGCCUCCAGUCCGAGGAUUGUUGACAGCAGAGACUCAGCUGCUGUGACCCCCACCCCCGCCUGCCUUUGGUACACCACACACGUCCAGCGCCAAAAGGUGGUGGCUCAUCUCACACACUGGGAGAGGGUGGAGCUAGUGCUCAGUUUAAAGGGGCAGUUCAGCUAGUUAUGUUAGAAGUAGCAUUGACAAUGACCAAAGAUUGCUACACCUCUGAUUUACAAUUCUGAUGUGGAAAAGACAAUGUUUUGGCUCUUAUAGAGCUUGUGUGAAAAGGUCCAUGUAUCCGCUCUUCCUGUGUCUGUAACUUAAUGCUGCUAUAGCAAGACGUUUUUGUUUCUUAGAGUCUGACCAUGAC